AUGCCCUGUGGCUUGAUCGUCUUCGAUUGUCAUCUACUAUUCGUCGUUGUUAUUCUCGUCGAAUUAGUUAUAUCAAGACCAAUUUUAAUCGAUAAAGAUCAACGAGAAUUCACGACAUCACCUGGUAGAAUAAUGAAAAAAGAUCGAAGACAUUCGAUAUUUGACGACAAGAACAGAGCUGUUUUAGGUGAAUUACAUACAUAUUUAAGUAAUUAUGGUUAUUUACCUCGUUCUGACUUGGAAACUCGCGCAAUGAGAACCGAUGAAGAAUUUCAUUCAGCUAUACGACGUUUACAAACAUAUGCUACAAUACCUGUAACUGGUAAACUUGAUCCAGCAACACUUGAUUUAAUUCGACGUCCUCGUUGUGGUUUAGCUGAUAAUGACCCUAAUCGUGUACCACGUCCUCAUAUGUAUGGUAAUCGUCGUCGUCGUCGACGUUAUGUUUUACAAGGACAAAAGUGGGCUAAAACAUAUUUAACUUAUAAGUAA